AUGGACCCUCAAACUGGCAUAUACGAGUACAAAGCGAGUCAUGUACUCCCGAUUGUCUUUGCAUGCGUGCUGAGCCUGUCCUUGUCUACGCAUAUCUACGAGAACUUCCACUAUCGCUUCUGGAGGGUGACGUUUUGGAUGUUCUGGGGCUCUCUCAUUUACACCAUCGGUUGGGUCCUACGCACCAUCUCCAGCUACCACCCGGACAAUGUCAACAUCUACAUCGCCGCCACCGUCUUCAUCUACGCCGCUCCCCCCAUCUUCUCCGCCUCCGCCUAUAACAUCCUCGGCCGUAUCAUGCACUACAUCCCCAUGUUCGCUUGGCUGAAUCCCAACCGCACGGUCCAUUUCUUCGUCUACAUCGGCGCCCUCGUCGAAGCCCUCACAGCCGCAGGCGGCGCACGCAUCGCAACAGGCGCCAAAGAGCCACGCCUCUACCGCAGCGGCGCAACCCUCAUGGCCGUCGCCGUCAUCCUCCAGUGCAUCGUCGAGCUCUGCAUCGUCUUCGUCAUCGCAACCCUCCACCGCAAGUGCGCCCGCGCCGGCAUGCUCCCGCGCAACCUCCGCUUCCUCUUCUACACCCUCUACGGAACCUCCUCUCUCGUUCUUAUGCGCUGCAUCUACCGCGCCGUCGAAUCGCUCUACACACUUGAUCCCCCUGGCGUCGCGUGCGGCGCGACCUGCACUUACUUCCAGCGCCACGAGUGGCUGCUCUACGCGUUCGAUGCGGCCCCGAUGGUCAUUUUUACUUUCUGGAUUAAUCUGCUUCAUCCGGGGCAGUAUCUCCCCCGUGACAAGAGACGGUAUCUCGAUACUGACGGCAUGACCGAGCGCAUGGGGCCUGGCUGGUUGGACUCGCGGCCUAGGAUUGAGACGUUCAUCGACCCGCUUGAUAUCUCGGGUAUUAUGAAGAAGAAUAAACACCAUACGAAGUACUGGGAGGAGGCUGCGCAGUGGCCUGUUUGUGAGGACGCGUUUUCGGCGGGGACUGCGUCGAAUGUUCGGGGGAGGGAAUCUGCUGUUCCGAAGCCGGAGGCUGUUUAA